AUGCAGCCGCAUGCUACCCUUAUUCUCAUCGCUGUUCAAGCAGCUGCAGCUGCAGACCAGUUUUGGACUGGGAGGGAAAUUGAUAUGGGGCCAUUCGGGAGUGACCCGUUCUUCAACAACAACCAGUCAGAUGAGAUCUACCGGGAAGCCAUUACCAACCCGAAAGCUAUGCGGUCCGUCAAAUUUGUCCCGUUCUCGGGUCUAAUAAGCCCCAAGGUCUACGGAAGGGACCCUUACUGGACUUGGAGAGUUAAUGUGACGGAAUUCGCCUUUCCCCCGGGAAUCAACGUUACUGAUGCCGUGACUGGGGCCGAGCAGCCCGUCGAAAACCCUUCCUACGUCAGCACAACCUGGGACUUUGCGUGGUCCAGUGGUGGGAAUAUCUCACAGGCCUUGGGCAACUCAACAGGACCGCUUUGCGUGUCGAUCUUGGACAUCGUGGCGUACCCAGCAAAUGUCACCAACCUUUACACGGAUGAAAAUACCAACAGCACUGACUGCACGCCAAUUUUGGGAGAAGCCUGCGUACGGGCCAUUCUCACAGAAGGCAGCAACUUCAGCAGAGGAACAACAUGCAACGAACCGAAGAAGUUGUGGGGCACGCUUCCCGAGUGCAAUAAUACUAUCGGAUACGCCGUGGAGAAACGCCUAGACUCUAAACUGUUCAACGGCACUUUUGGCGGUGGCGUCGCAACAGCAAACCUCAACCCCGAUCCGUCCAACUCGCCAAACGCCACGGAGUGA